UAUUAUUAUUAGAAUUCUCGUUUGCAGGUCUCAGUCUGGCAAGAGCGAGUCGGGCGAGGGCCCCAGCAAGCGGCCCAGGGCCGAGGCGCAGGAUCUCAGCAUGGAUUCCAAUUCGGGCGGGGACGCCCGGAAACGCCGACAGGAGCGGUUGGAGCAGAUCGCGGAGGAACUGCGAGGGAUCUCGGAACGAUGGGAGGAAAUCGGGAACGGGAACGGGAACGGAAAUUCCUCCGGUGAGAACCGGAAUCCAACUCCGAAUGCAAAUCCCGGGGAGAAAGAGGAGCCCUCUGCGUCCGGACUCCUCCAGGCGCAGCAGCAGAAACUCCUCCAGGAGCAGGCUCAUCUCCUCAGACUCCAACAAAAGUGA